UCCACUUCCGCGAGAGUUUGAGCUCACGCCCUCGCGAGAGCGAACCCGAUUUCCUGUAGUGACAGAAAAGAUGGCGGAUCGGCUAACGCAACUUCAAGACGCGGUCAAUUCGCUCGCUGAUCAGUUCUGUAACGCCAUCGGCGUUCUGCAGCAAUGUGCUCCACCUGCCUCUUUCAGUAACAUCCAGACGGCCAUCAACAAGGAUCAGCCUGCAAACCCCACUGAAGAAUACGCCCAACUGUUUGCAGCUCUGAUAGCGAGGACAGCCAAAGACGUGGACGUUCUGAUCGACUCUCUUCCCAGCGAGGAGUCUACGGCGGCCCUGCAGGCGGCCAGCCUCCGUCAGCUGGAGGAGGAGAACCACGACGCGGCGGCCCGUCUGGAGGAGGUGGUGUACCGCGGCGACAUGCUGCUGGAGAAGAUCCAGAACGCGCUGGCCGACAUCGCCCAGUCGCAGCUGCGCACACGCAACGGAGCGCUGAGCCAGCCUUCGCCGGCCGAGUCCUGACGUCACGCCAUGGCCACCAAUGGACACUUUUUUUUGGUUUUGUUUUGUUGUUUUUUUUCCCACACGGCGAUUGUUUUAUUUUCCAAAAACGGGAAGAUCUCUCCACUGCCAAAUGUGUGUCUGGGAUGAACAACACUGGAGUCUCCAAUAGAGUUUAAAGUUAAAAGCAUUAUUUUGAAAUUCAUAGUUGAAGUCAUUCCAUUUCAUUUGGACAUUCACCAUAGCAACACGUCCUCUGUCUUAUAUAUGUAGAUUCCAGGCUGUACAUUUCAUUUGUUGUUGUUUUUUUGACAAUAUUCUGCUUUUUGACAAAUGUAAACACUUCAGUCUGCUUUGAAAAAGGUUACAUUGUAAAUAAGUGAUUAAAAAUACAGAGCAGCAUUUCCGUUAACAGCCUACACUUUAUUUUAGUUGAUCUCAAAUAUUUCCUGGAUCAGGUCUGUAAAGCAUAAUUUUUCUUGUCUUUUGUUAAAUGUCUCAUCACAAAAUAAGUAAAGUUAAGAUUAUGCACUGUUGUAAUCAUGGCAGUUUAGGGGGAUUUACACCACUUGAACACCAGGAGGCACUUUUGUAAAUAUAUAUUAAUGUAACGCCUCCUUCUGUGUGUGACAUCAUUGGGGGGGAAAAAAAUCAAGACAUGAGGAAGAGAACUGUUUAGCUCCACUAAUCUGGUUCAUCCGUGUUUGAUUUUCAAAAGUCUAACGGUGCUACGUUCAUCUGUUCGGUUGUGUUCAAGCUGCAUUGGGAUGGGCGGCCAUCAUGCCAUCCAGGAAGUAGAACCCGGAAUUAAACCAAACGUGUAAAUAA